AUGCACACGGAUGCAUCUCUGAGCACAAGAGAAGACAUGAAGCCACAAAUGAUCCUGGAUUAUAACUCCACCAAAGGAGGAGUUGACAAUCUGGACAAAGUCACAGCAACAUACAGCUGCCAGCGCAAGACAGCCCGUUGGCCUUUGGUGAUAUUCUACAACAUUGUGGACGUGUCUGCUUACAAUGCCUAUGUCCUGUGGACUGCAAUCAACCAGAAAUGGAAUGCCGGCAAAUUGUACAGACGUCGGCUUUUCCUGGAAGAACUCGGCAAAGCACUUGUCACUCCAAAGAUCCAGAUGCGAGCCAAGCCAGCUCGAUCCCCAGCAGCUGCAGCUGUCAUUGAAAAGGUCAAAAUCAGCCACGACUCCGUGAAGCUGAUCAAGUUCGCGGACGACACCACCCUCAUUGGACUCAUCUCCAACAACGAUGAGUCCGCCUACAGGAGGGAGGUGGACCGGCUGGUGUCCUGGUGCAGUGGUAACAACCUGGAGCUGAACGCCCAGAAGACAGUGGAGAUGAUUGUGGACUUCAGGAAGAGCACUGUCCCCCCGCCCCCACCCUCCGUGAUGGACUCCCCCAUCACCUCUGUGGAGUCCUUCCGUUUCCUGGGCACCACCAUCACCCAGGACCUCAAGUGGGAGCCGACCAUCAGCUCCCUCAUCAAGAAGGCCCAGCAGAGGAUGUACUUCCUGCGGCAGCUCAGGAAAGCCAAGCUGCCUGCACAGAUGUUGGUGCAGUUCUACACGGCCAUCAUCGAGUCCAUCCUCACCUCCUCCAUCACCGUGUGGUUCGCUGGAGCCACAGUCAGGGACAAACAGAGACUACAGCGCAUUGUGCGCUCUGCAGAGGAAGUGAUCGGCCGCAGCCUUCCAUCGCUGCAGGACCUGCAGGAGGCUGCGGUCCAUCAGGACUAG